AUGCUGCAGUGGCUGUCGUCUCGCCAGGGCCCGGGCUGGCAGUCAGCACAAACUCAAGUUAUCGGCUCUCUGUGCACGUCGUCAAGGGUUUUCCAUGUGAGGGGUGACCUGGGAGGGAUCCCUGAGCUCACAGCACAGGGCUUCACACUUAAAGGUAGCAACAACCUGGUUGUCAACUCGGCUGCCUUUCAAGACCACAUCACACGCACCGUGCUGCGUCCACAUUUCCCGCUCACUGACCCUUUGCUGAGAAGCAAAAGAAGAGAAGCAGCCAGAAAUCCACAAGCGAGAGGAACAGCUGACCGCCGUCUACAGAGACCAGAUCCUCAAGAAGAAGAGGAGAGAGAAUAUUUGCUGGAUGCCGCUCUACCUCCUUUAACAUUAGCGCAGAAGUUGGGUUUGGUGGCCCGCCCUGCAGGAAGACUGACGGAGGAUGAAUGGAGGCAGGUGAAGGCGAGGUCUGUUCAACAAGGGGAGUCAGCGCAGCCCUGUGCAAUAUGCAAGGAGGACUUUCAACUACGGCCUCAGGUGUUGCUGUCCUGUUCUCAUAUUUUCCACCGAGCUUGUCUGCACGCCUUCGAGAGGUUUUCCUGCAAGAAGUGCUGCCCCAUGUGCAGGAAGGAGCCGUAUGAGACCCGGGUGAUCCGCGAUGCAGCUCGCCUCUUCAGACACCGCUGUGCCACCAGAAUUCAAGCGUGCUGGCGAGGCUAUGUGGCUCGAAAAAGGUACCGAAAGUUGAGCAAGUCGGUCUGUCCAAAAGAUGAACGACUGAGACGCAAAUUCUUUGAAGCAAAGUUGCAGGAGUUGAAUGACAGCUUUGUCCGAUACUGUCACACCGACACGGAGGCUUUUCUGAGUGAUAUCAACCGCUCGUUGUCGUCAAGCAGGCGAGUGUUUCAGCAGCUGGAGAGGAGGAACGUCUCAGAACCCGGGGAGAACGACUGGGACCGGAUACAGAGCCAGGUCGUCCAGAGAGAAGUCAGGGACUGCCCGAUCUGCCUGACGCCACUGGGCAACCCGAGCCUCCCAGCCGAAAGGAGUACCUCCAACCCUGGCCGACACAGACCCACCAUGCUCUUGUCCUGUUCCCACGUCUUCCACCAACCCUGUCUGGAGGCUUUCGAGGCUUUUACUGUCGACAGCAGACCCUCCUGCCCCCUGUGCAGAUCCGCCUACCACAAAAAACUCAUCUGAACAGGUUGACGCACCAGCGUAAAGGCCCCCUGGAGCCAAAGUGGAAGAGUAUCCAUUUGCAUCCCCUGGGGUGAUUGACAGAUCAAGACCAAUUAGUUCAGUGUUACACCGUUACUAGCGUGCAAUAAAAAUACCAUCUUUCAUCUUUG